CAAUCGUCUAGUAGUAUCUACUUUCAGUCAAUCGUCACGCGCGUCUAGUACAUAUAGCGAAUUAAACAACGAUAACGAUUGAGGAAGCAGGCAUAUAGUACAGAACACAAGCAAGAGCCUUUCCACUUUUGAUUUUAUCUGUGUUUCAAGAUGUCUUAAAAUGUGUAAACCAAUCAAGGAUUUAUUGCUUUAUACGGCACUUKUUACUGUACUAGCAAGUCAAAGUUGUGGGUUUGUUAUUCAAAAGGAUUUGGAGCUUGAUCAUCACAAUUUUGCCUUUCUGACGAGUUUUUGUGGUGAACCAACUGGAGCAGCACUAAGAUACACCAUCAAAUUCCCAGCGGAAAACUGUUGUCCAAGUUUGCUGAGUUACUUUGAGAGUCAAUGGUGGGAAAUCUGGCCCGAUCCUCAUAAGAAUUGCACAGAGAAGCAAAGUGUUCUUCGUCAGGAAUGGAGUCAAAUUCAGCCACUGACYCCAGGAAAUCAUCUUUCUGGAUGUAAAAAAUACACCUUGAACACCGUUAAUACUACAAGUAUACAWAUUAUAUGUAAAGGCACACGUACUUACAAAGUACACAGCUAUGACCCUUCAAAAACUAAAUGUUGGUUUAUAGCAGCCAAUAACUGUCAAUCAAGGGGUCUCAAGAUUAGCUACACAUUUAAUAUUACAGGUGCCUAUUACAAUGCAAGUGUUGGUCAACACAAAGCAAUAGUUGGGCUCUCAUCUACUUCACUGCUGCACUAUUUCAUAAUAUAAAUAAUUUUGCAUGGGUUAUAAUGUGAAUGUUGUGAAGAACUGAGGUCCCCACUUGUGCUGGAAGAUGGUACUUGCACUUGAUUACUUCAAAAGUCUUGAAUACAUCCCUCAGCCACGCAAGAUGUGAACGUGCAAGUCAAAUACUUCAACAGAGUAAUUUCUGCCUUAUUAAACAARAGACAACWAAACGCACAUGCAGUUUGAUGUUUUAUUAAUUUAUGAAUGKUUUUCGUCUAUUGACGUUCUUCCUGCAUGUUUGAAUUGGUAAAUAAGAAACUGUUUGAAAUGAUUUAAUAAUAUUUUCGGUAAUUUGAUAAUAUAUUCAAACUAAAAGGGUAUAUUGCACGUUAUUUUCAUGAAUAAAACAAACUAUGUACACUGAAUACAAACUGAAUAUCAACACAUUACAUACCAUAUAUACACCAUAUAUUAUCAAGACUGAAURUAUUACAAAUAUUUGUACAAGCCGYGAUCCGUAUUUACGAAAGAGCGUCCAUUCACAAGUUCUGAUUUUGCAAGUUAACAAAAUUCCAUUGAUAUGUAGGYUCUCCAUCUUCCACAGGAUGUGUAGCUGCAAGCAUUAUCCACACUGCACAAAUAUCCUCAGGRUAGGGGUACAUUUGAACUCUUAAAGCAAAWUGAACUCCAUCCUCGUUGCAGUCAAUAAUUGUAUGAAAAUCUUGUAAGGACUGUAUGUCUGUAAUGGCUUGGGAGACUUGAAAAUGRUUGAUGCAAGUAGUGACUGACUGGAAAGACAAGUUUCUUGUCAUYAAAURUCUAUACACAGGUUCUCGUAAUUCUUCAMAGUUUGCAGUUUGGCCAGUCUUUGCCUUAUCUUCAUUGGCAGCAAGACAAGGAGACAGUAUGUUUGACAAUCUGUCAUCCCAAARGACAGAAAAACCAAUUCCCUGUUGGAUAAAAACAACAGAUUAUAAMGUAAAUGCUACAAAAUCAACCAUAAAAAUGAAGGGUUAUUUACCUGCCURUAGKCUUGAAUAGCAGYCUUCAGUUCCUGCUCCAACCUUUUGCUUGCACUGACAGUGUUUAUUGUAGGUGGUUGUAAAGAUGGAGGUACUGGUAAUGCAGGCUGUGGAUAACGAAAUAUAAUGAAAUACAUUGAAAGCCUUCACACUAAUCAAAAGGUUACUCUAACCUGAAUAU